GCUAGAAUAAUAUAAUUACUAAAGAAAUGAACAAACUUUCCGAUGUGAUUACACAAAUUAAAAAAGGUGAUAUGAAGGAGCUUGCAGGAAGAGAUAUCCAGCUUCAAGUCAUCGAAGUAUAUGGAAUGUCAAAGAUCCACUCCCAGACAGCUUCUGAAUGUUUAAACCUCACACUUUGGGACGGUGUUGACCAGAUUCAGGGAAAGAUCAUCACUGACAUUUUGAAUAAUAUGACUCAAACAAUCGAGCUUUACUCGAUCAUUAAAUUCAAUUCUUGAUGCUUUCUGCAGGAUAAAUACACUGGGGAUAAAAUCUUGAUGGUAGGAUCUGACAUAGAGAUUCUUAAUAAUUAUACGCACAGAAUAGAACCUGAAGAGGAAAACAAAUCUCAAAGUUCGAGGAAAAAGUCAGAAAUAUCAAUGCGAAAAUCUGAAGACUCUUUGAAACAGUAUUCUUCAGUCAAAGUUUCUCAGGACAUUGGUGACUUUUUAGUUGAUUCUACUCCUCUUAAAGAGAAUCAGCUGGAAAAUGAAUUUUCAGAUUAUGAAGGAGAUGAGUCUGACCAAGACCAAUAUUUACCAAUUUCAAAAAUAAGUGUCUGCCACAAUUAUCAACAGACAGAUUGGAAAAUCAAAGCAAGAGUGGCUGAUAUUUUUCCCAUUAAACAAUUUAUGAAUAAAUAUCCCCAUAAAUCCAGUAGAUCUACCUUUAGAGUCUUGAAUAUUGUGCUCUCAGAUUUCUACACUGGAGAUGAGAUUGAGGGAACCUUCUAUAACGAGCUAAUAGAGCAAUUCUUCAACAUUGAAGAUGGAGAGAUAUUACCUCCAGUUAACCCAGAUCAACUCCAAGCUAAUUGAGUCUACAUCAUCUCUGGCUGAAAAGUGCUUGACAGUAAGAAUACCAGCACUGUCCAACAUUUGAGGAAACUUAACUUCAAAUCAGACUCAGUUGUAAAAAGAUGGUAUCCUAAAAGCAACACUCGUAAAAGAAGACUAAGCACUACCGAAUUCACCUACCACGACCAACUACUCACUAAAAUCAACAGCUCCAUCAACAUUUACGGAAUUAUCUCUACUAUCACCAGCACCUUCCAAAAGUCUUCUUCCAAAUCCUUCAGCUCAAUCCUGACCCUCUACCUGCUAACCUUCAAAACUUCUGAAAGAACAGACUAUGAACAAAUCGUUAUCAAAAUUUUAGACCAGAAGGCUUCAGAGCUUAGACUUAAAGAAGGAGAAGUAAUAGCAGUUUUUAACUGAAGAGUUCUGAUGGCAAGCACUCCAUACCUGGAAGUCCUUAGUGUCAAGGAUGUUACUAGAGGAGAGGAUGCUGGGUGUGUGGAGGACUUAGAGAGACUUAAUGAGUUGUAUGCUCAAUAUGUUGGUGAAUGUGGUGGUGAUGGGAUUGGGAGUCCAGGAAUAGGGGUUUCAGUAGGUGGAGUUACGAAGGAGAACUCAAUGGUGAGAUGUAAGGUAGAUAUCCCUUCUGAAAAUUGUAGUCAAGAUCACUUACUUUUUACUCAAAAGUGAAAGAGCUGUAAUAUAUAUCAAGAUAUCCAAGAAGGAAGCCUUAUUCAUAGAGAUGAGUUUUGACAGCAUUGUAAAACUGAGAGAGAAUUUUCACUUGAAUACAAGAUCCAAUGCAGCAUUAUUCUAGAAACUGGAGCUACUUAUCGGUGAGUCAUGAAGAACUUGUGAGCUCAUGAGAUCUUACCAAAACCAGCGUUGAAACUCUUUAACAUGAAUGAAGAUACAAGGAGAGAAAUACUAGACGCCUGAACCAAAUGCUAUUGAGAAAUUGAUGAAUUUUGCAAUCCUAAAUGAAAGCACAAUUCUUUCUGUGAUGUCAUCCUUGAGAAUUCUUGGUCUAUCAAGCAAGAAGUCCCUUGAAUCUCUUAUAACGAAGAGGGAGAGGAUGAAAUUGAGCAAGAUAAAGCAUGCUAUGAAAUUUAUCAAAUAAUAUUUUCAACUUAA